GGGCUGAGCUGUGAGGCCAGAGGCCACCUUUCCACCACGGAGCCACCACAAGCAGAAGCUGCAGGCUUGGCCGGCAGUGCCGUGCCAGGAAGCCAUGGCGCCGGGGGGAGAGCCGUGAAGCGGGGGCAAGGGCUGCCCUGCCUGUCCCACCCCGGGCCCGGGAGGGCUGCCUGGUCACUGCGACCUGAGGUCUUACACGUGUGUCUUUUUGUUGAGGUGAAUCUGAUUAAUGAGCCCCUGGUGAUAUUUGUUUGUGCAACUACAGGCCAAGGAGACCCCCCUGACAACAUGAAGAGCUUCUGGAGGUUCCUGUUCCGGAAGAGCCUGCCGUCGACCUCCCUCUGCCAGGUGGACUUCGCCGUCCUGGGCCUCGGGGACUCCUCCUACGCCAAGUUCAACUUUGUGGCCAAGAAGCUGCACCGGCGGCUGCUGCAGCUGGGGGGCGCCGCCCUGCUGCCUGUCUGCCUGGGCGAUGACCAGCAUGAGCUGGGACCCCGAGCCCCCAGCUCCCGCCCACGCCCUCCCUGGCCUCCCACCAGCUUUGUGGCCGGCGACGUGGUGCUGAUCCAGCCCGAGAACACGGCCAGGCACGUCCAGCUUUUCUGCCAGGUGCUGGGCCUGGACCCUGACCAGCACUUCACGCUGCAGCCGCGGGAACCAAGUGAGUGUGGGCCGGCGGCCACCCUCACUCCCACCCGCGCCCAAGUCCCUGGCCCCCACCACCUCCUCUCCCUGCUUCAGCUGCAGGUGCUGGUGGCCGUGGUGCAGUACCAGACUCGCCUCAAGGAGCCCCGGCGGGGCCUCUGCUCCUCUUGGCUGGCGUCUCUGGACCCUGGGCAAGGCCCUGUCCGGGUGCCCCUGUGGGUGAGGCCUGGGGGCCUGAGCUUCCCCCAAGUCCCAGACACGCCUGUGAUCAUGGUGGGGCCUGGCACCGGCGUGGCCCCCUUCCGAGCAGCCAUUCAGGAGCGAGUGGCCCAGGGCCAGACCAGGAACCUCCUGUUCUUCGGCUGCCGCUGGCGGGACCAGGACUUCUACUGGGAGGCUGAGUGGACGGAGCUGGAGAAGAGGGGCUGCCUGACCCUGGUCACAGCCUUCUCCCGGGAGCAGGUGGGUGUCAACGCCAAGGACAUGCCCGCAAACGUGUGUGAAGCCCUGGAGUCUGUCUUCCGGGAGGAGGGGGGCCUCUCGGGCCCUGAAGCUGCCCUACACUCAGCGGCCGCGUCCCUGGCUUCAGCUGGCCUUUCCCACUGGCCCCAAGUUAGAUCCUGCUCAGGGGGUGACCCAGGAAGGCACCCUAGCCUGAUGGGCAUCAGGGAGCUCCCCCAGACGCCAGAUUCCACACGGCACAGGCAUCUGGGGUGCAGGGUCCCCGGAGGGCUGAGUUCCCCCUCCUCUGCCCUGGGUAGCACCCCAGCCCUCAGGUUCCCGGGCCUGUGGGACGAGUCACCAUCCUUGCCUGGUUCCAGGAAGACUCGGUAAUAAACGGCAGGCUCAGGUGCUGCUUCUGACCUG